AUGACGGUGACUCUAGUUUCGUUCCCUCCUUCGCCCGAUGCAUCGGACGAUGGAAGUGCUACCCCAGAUUUCUUCAAAACGCGGCCCAGCACACAUCCUGCCUCCACUCAUAGGCUCGCGACACCUCCUCAUGAAGGCCAGCGGGUUGAUGUUGAUGCUUGUAUCAAUCAGAUCUCGGGCCCGGUAGUGACGCCGUCCAAGGCGCUGACUUCAGUCGUUGCAGUGAUUGGCGUUGGCUACGUGGGCUACCAACUAGUCACGGCCUUUGCCAAAGUGUACUCGGUCAUUGCCUACGAUGUGGAUCAGCGUCGUCUCAACCAUCUCAGCGAGACGGAUCCCAAUCCUAAUAUCUGCUACACCAGCAACCCAAAUGAUAUUGCAGAUGCAACACACUUCCUCGUCUCGGUUCCCACGAGGCUGCACCAUGACAAUACCGUCGACACCCAACACCUCGAGAGUGCCAUCUCGCUCGUCGCACAAUACGCAAGACCCGGAUCAACCGUGAUCAUCGAGAGUUCGGUCGCAGUCGGUAUGACACGCCAGCUCAUUCAUGAGGUGAUGCGCUCCAAAGGCCUCAAGGCUGGCAUGUCCCCCGAGCGUGUCGACCCUGGUCGAGUCAACCCUGCCUUCGAGACCAUUCCCAAGAUCAUUUCCGGUCUGGACGACAUUGUGCCAGGCUCCCUGGCCAGCAUCCACGAGCUCUAUCAAGAGAUCUUCGAACACCUGGUGGUGGUGUCCUCCCCCGAGGUCGCCGAGAUGACCAAGUUAUAUGAGAACUGCCAGCGGAUGGUCUGCAUCGCCCAUGCCAACGAGAUGGCCGACGCCUGCCACGCGAUCGGAAUCAACGCACUCGAGGUUUCCUCCGCCGCAGCCACCAAGCCGUUCGGCUAUCAGCCGUACUCGCCUGGCCUCGGCGUCGGCGGCCACUGCAUCCCCGUCAACCCGUACUACCUCCUCACGAACUCCGAGUUCCCUCUGCUCCAGGCGGCGACAGAGAAGAUGGCGGCCAGGCCCGCGCGAAUGGGCGACCGGGUGAUGCGAAAAUACCUGAAGCAGAGUCGGUCUCCCAGCCGAGCGGAUCGGGCACGCGUGCUGGUGGUCGGCGUGGGCUUCAAGCGUGGCCAGUCCGUCCUGAGCAACUCUCCCGCGCUCUCUCUCAUGCGCCACUUGCUCUCCGAGUGGGAUGCCUACGUUGCCUUCGCGGACCCAUUGGUGUCGGCCGGCGCGGUUCAGUUCUGUCCCCGGCUGGACGACCAGACUCAAUGGAACAAGCAGAGCUUGGAAGAGUUCGAUGUCAUCAUUGUCGCCGUGGACCAGGUGGGCUUGGAUAUGGCUGUUCUGGACGGAUUGGAUGGGGUCUUGGUGGAGAACUUUGUGAAUUGUUGCUGA